AUACAUCUCCUUUUUUUUUUUUCUUUUAGAAAGUAUAUAUGAACUUCUUUAUGUAGGAUCUGUUGGGAAAGAAUAGGUGUUUAUCACUUGAAAUCCAAUGAUCAGGAUGUGCAUCAACAAUUAGUGGAAGCAGCCAAGAAAUAUGGCUUUCAACUAGUAGACAAAAUAGAAAAGGCCACACAUUAUUAUCUAGAUGCCUUUCUGCUUGAACAAAAAGAUCAACCACCUUAUUCUCUUUUGAUGGCUCUUGCUAUGCGAGUACCUUGUGUUACACUAGAGUGGCUUGAAGGAUUUCGUUUGCAUGACCAUCACUAUGACAGAAACCAACAUGAUAAGACCAUUGAGUCAUUCAUGAUUGACUACUAUGGUCCCUUAAAACGACUUGCUAUCUUGGGUAUAGACGAUAGAAGAAAGACCUUGUUUCAUGGACUUGAAUUCUGGUUUUUUGAUCAACUCCAGUACAAUAAAUACAGCCCUAUAGUCAAGAAAGCAGGCGGGGAGAGCAGAAUAGCUAGUCUGGAGGAAGGCUUAAAUGCAACAAUUCUUCAUGGUACUUUGUUUGUUCAGUAUCCUCAUUUGACAGAAGAAUGGGCUCCUGUGCAAGAUAAAUUUCAUCAAAAUAUGGACUGUACUCGAUGCAUUCUUGAAUGGGAGAUAGAAUACAGUAUCAUGUAUUGCUCAACCAAUAUCAUGUGUAAUCCCUUUUCUGAUCUUUUGAACCGGAUUUCAAGUGAUGAUCCUGUUUAUAGAUCACUAGAGUUUUCUUUAGAUAGGGUUAAACUUGAACCAUUGGAUGAUACUGUGCCUACAGACAUGACAUCUCCCAUAAGAGACACAGUGGCUCUAAGGGACACAUUACCUAUAACCAACAGUAUUUCUCCUAUGCGAACUAAUGCUACGCUGCCUCUGCAUAAUACAUUACCUACGCAAGACGUAACACCCAUCGAUGAUGAAGACAAAAAAGAAAGUAUAUCUUGUGUUUAUGCAGUAUCAUUACAGCCUAGUAUCAAUUUUGAAGAAGAUGAUGUAGAUAUGGACCCACCUACACCCUCUUUAUCUGUUAAUUUGAUGGACCUUAGUAAUUUUUAUGACAACAUGUUUGCUACUACAGCACAGAAGCAACAACAACAAUCUAAGACAAAAGAACAAGAAGAACAAAGUAGAAAAGAACAGGAAGAACAAAGUAGAAAAGAACAGGAAGAACAAAGUAGAAAAGAACAAGAAGAACAAAGUAGAAAAGAACAAGAAGAACAAAGUAGAAAAGAGCAGGAAGAAAAACGUAAAAAAGAACAAGAACAAGAACAAAGAAAAGCUCAAAUUGCAGAAAGAGAAAAGAUAUUAGAGGAAAGACAAGAACGAUUAAAAAUGGUUGAAGAAGAAAGAUUUAAAGAACUAGAAGAGAGAGGAAAAAGACUAGCAGAAAGACAAAGACAAUUGGGAAUUGAAGAUGACGAAGAUGCUGUAGUUGAAACAAAUGAUACGAUACCAACACAAAUCAACACAAGUACACUGAAUGCUUCCUAUAGUCAGGUCGUAUUUGCUCCUCUUGUAGUUAAACCUAGACCUCCUCCUCCUAUUUCUCCUCAGACAUUAACUGCCCAAUCUAAUCAAUCCACUGUCAACUAUAAGCGAUUUAAAAAAGUACGCCAGUUUGAAUCCAAUGACGUCUAUGACUUUGUUCCUAUGGCUAGCAGUAGUCAAAUGCCUGUCCGCAAUAGACACCAUCAAAAUCAAGAACAUACACUUGUACGCAUUGAGAACACAAACCAGUUUGAUCCUGAUAUUAUGAUUCGUACAACAGCAAGACGAAGAAGAUGAUAGUUUAUUUAUGACAAUCUUUUCUUUUUACGUUUAUAUUUGCAUUUCUUACACAUACAUGUACCAUCACUAAGAUCUGUUUCUGAUUCUGUUGAACUAAUUAAAGCAGUCUUUCUCUUUCUUGUAUAUUCUGCAUCACUACUACUACUGCUGCUGCUUGAAGUAGACGAACUUGCACUACUAUCUUCACUACUACUGGGUGGCAAUCGAGGUAUAUACAGUGUAGAUGCUAAGGAUUCUGCUAAUGCUGCAUAAUGCUUGUCUGACUCGCCUAAUUUCUGAAUCUCUCUAAAUAAUUUUUGUCCUAAUUUGGGUCGGUUGUGUCGAGUGUUCAGAUAAACAUAUUCUGCAUUGGUAGAA